AUGAGGCCGGGUGAUCGUUCUAGGAGCCGUGACUCCAAAAUACGAAGAGGUGGUGGUGGCGGUGGUGUAGGUAGUAGCAGACGAGGUGGUAGCGGAGUGUCAAGAAGAGGGAGUGGUGGGCCAGUAUCUCAUAGGGAUAGCAGUGUAGGAAGACGUUUUGUAACUAAAAGAAGUUCAUUAAAAGGCAAACAACCUGGAGGUGCAUUAAGGAAACCCAGGUGGAAUCAAAUAGAAUUACAGCCUUUCACAAAAAAUUUUUAUAUUCCUCAUCCAAAUGUUUUAAAAAGAUCAAGACAUGAAGUAGAAAAGUAUAGGCAUGAAAAAGAAAUUACAGUUAAAGGGAUCAAAGUACCUGAUCCAAUUAUGUACUUUAGUGAUGCAAAUUGGCCUGAUUAUGUUCAAAGAGAAAUUCAAAAGCAAGGGUUCACAGAACCGACAGCAAUUCAAGCACAGGGUUGGCCCAUAGCAUUGAGUGGUAUGGAUAUGGUGGGAAUAGCACAAACAGGAUCUGGCAAAACUUUAGCUUAUAUACUGCCUGCUAUUGUUCAUAUUAAUCAUCAACCUAGACUUUUAAGGGGUGAAGGUCCUAUAGUAUUAGUUUUGGCCCCUACAAGGGAGUUAGCCCAACAAAUUCAGCAGGUAGCUUGUGAUUUUGGUACAUCAUCUGCAGUGAGAAACACAUGUAUUUUUGGAGGUGCACCUAAAAUGCUUCAAGCUAGAGACCUAGAAUCAGGGGUAGAGAUAUGUAUUGCAACUCCAGGAAGAUUAAUUGAUUUUUUAGAAAAGGGAACUACAAAUUUAAGGAGGUGUACAUAUUUAGUCCUUGAUGAGGCUGAUAGAAUGCUAGACAUGGGCUUUGAACCUCAAAUAAGAAAAAUUAUUGAACAAAUUAGACCUGACAGACAAGUAUUAAUGUGGUCAGCUACUUGGCCUAAAGAAGUUCGAAGGUUGGCAGAAGAAUUUUUAAAUGAUUAUGUUCAAAUAAAUAUAGGAUCUCUUCAACUUUCGGCUAAUCACAAUAUACUCCAAAUAGUGGAUGUUUGUUCUGAAUAUGAAAAACAAACAAAAUUGCUUAAGUUACUUAAUGAAAUAGCCAAUGAGCCUGAAACCAAAACGAUGAUAUUUGUUGAAACGAAAAAAAAAGUAGAUGAAAUUGCUAGAGCAGUGACUCGAUAUGGUUACCAAGCGCUUGCUAUUCACGGAGACAAAUCCCAAAGUGAUAGAGAUUAUGUAUUAAAUCAAUUUAGAUGCGGUAGAGUAAAUAUUUUAGUUGCCACUGACGUUGCUGCACGUGGUUUAGAUGUGGAUGAUGUCAAAUUUGUUAUCAAUUUUGAUUACCCGAAUAAUUCGGAGGAUUAUGUGCAUCGUAUAGGGCGCACGGGUCGACACGACAAAACAGGUACGGCCUAUACAUUUUUCACUCCGUCAAACGUGAACAAGGCAGGGGAUUUGGUGGCUGUACUACAGGAAGCCAAUCAAGUUGUCAACCCGAAAUUAUACGAACUCGUUUCCUACACUGGAUUCGGGAAACGAGGACGAACUUCUGGAUUAAAACGGGAAGAGAGGAGUUUUACCGGAAGGGGAUUAAGUCGGGGAGGAAAUGGGAUCGGGUCUGAUCGCAGCAGUCGAAUGAGCGGAUCCUUAACCAUGAGCCGAGGAGGGGAUGGUGGGGAUAGAAGGGGAAGUGAGAGAAGUGAUAGACAUAGAGUCGGGAUCAAAAGAAGCAGGUUUUCCGAUAAUCCGGGGAAGAAUUCAUCGAGUUCUAACAGUUACAACGAUUACAAUUCCCAAUCUCAACAGUAUCAACAGCAAAGUUACAACAACAGCGGUUAUCAUCAUCAUCAACAAUCUCAAUCCCAACACUCAUCUUAUCAGAAAUCUUAUCAGACAAGUCAGCAAAGUUACUCUUCACUCAUGCAAGGGUAUAAUUCAAAUCAGCAGUAUCAACAGUACGAUAGCGGUAGUUACGGAUAUCAACAGCAACAGCAAAGAUCUCAUCCGCCACCGUUGAUGUCGAAAAAAUUAUAA